CAGGCGGCGGCUAGGCAGCCGCGCGCGGCUCAGACGCUCGCAGGCCCACGAGCGGCGCCAGCACAGCGGGUCGAGGGUCGCGGGAUGAAGUGCGCGCUGCCCGCGGUAGAGGCGCUGCCGGCGGCGGCGCAGCGGCGGCGCGAGGUGCAGCUGUACCUGGCCAAGCUGCGGCGCCUGCUGCCGGCCGGUCGCGCGCCGCGCCGCCGCCGCCUCUCGCGCCUCCAAGUCAUUCACCACGUCAUCGACUACAUCUGCGACCUGCAGCACGCGCUGCUGCGCCACCCCGCCGUCGCCUCCUCCGCCCACGUGCCCUGCGCGCCGCCCACGCCCCCGGCCACCCCCGACUCGGAGGACCGGCUCGAAGACGACGAAGACCUCUGCGCGACCUGCAGUCGACAGAGUUCGUGCACCGAGGAGGAGAUGGGCCCCGAGAGUUAGCACAGUGUGACGCAAAGCGUGUCCUGCGGCCUGCCGCAGCAGGACAGCUGACGUCACCUGUGACGUCGCCAGCUGCACUCGCCGUCCUCGCCCUUAACGCUGGCCGUGUGGCUUACAAUAGAGGCUGUGACUAAUCAGGAACUCCAGGACCGGUGUCCUCGCCACUUCUACAGAAGUAGUACACCCGUCAGCAAUGCUUGUCGUCACAUCCUAGAAAUACUGUGCUUUACUCGUACAGUCAAUUUGAAAUCUUAUUUGGUUAGCUAUCUAAGUUUCCCCUCUUCAACGAAAAAAACUAAAACAUAUCAUUCUUGUCUCUGUUAUUAGUUACUAUGUUAACUUCUCUUAUUAUGCACACUGCCUCCACUGUAAUUCACUCCAGUUUUAAUAUUUGAUGGAAAUGCCUUUCGAAAUAUUUUGUUGAUCCCUUCAUUGCAGCAACCAAUAUCUACAUGCAAAUACAAAAUUCCUGGUUUUUAGUGUAAAUUGAAAAUUAAUUGCAGGGUUAUCAAUGAGUUCCAUCAAACUUGAUAGCAACCUGCAUACUACUUGUUAUAGGUUACAUAUUUUGAAGUCACUGAGGAAAUUUUUUCUUCCCAUAUCUGUGUAUUUCUGAAAAAGUCAUGGGAAUUAAGUCCAAGGUUUUUUUUUUUUGCGCCAGAAGACACUUUUGGUAUACAUUUUUUGGGUUAAGUACCACAACUUCAUCUAAUCAAGUGUUAGUGUGACACAGUUCACAAUGGAAUGAAGUGAUCAAAAGUUACGUUGUUUCUGUGUACUGACUGUUACAUUUCUACUUCCAGUAUGUACUGUGUAUAAUGACUAGCUGCAUUUAUUCCAUGUGACAAAACUUCCUGUGAUCUAUUUCAUAAUUACUGGGUUGACUGAACAUUGCUAUUGUUAUUUGUGUAAAUUUGUGCCUCUUUACAAUUAGGAGGACAUGGAUACAGUGAUCACUUGAACAUUAGUAGAAGGGAUGAAUUCUGCUUAGCUAAUGAAGAGUAAUUUUGCAUAAUUUGAAAGAUGUGAAAAGUACAUUCCUUGACAGGUAAUGUUACUGACAGAAAUUCUAAGACUAAUUGUUAUAGAACUGUAGAAGUGACAGCAUGUAAACAUGUACUGCUGUUCAGUUUAUUUAAAUGAAGAAUAAAAUGAUACAAUUUAUAAAAGCUAUGCAACACAGUAAAAAAAUAUUGUAAUUUGUCAGUGUUUGUCAGUUACUCUUACACUCUAAAUUCAAGUUACAGCGUAAUUUUCCAAAACAACUCUCAUAAUUCUCUACCCAGUGUAACAAAGUGGUGAAACAGAUAACUAUAUAUGAUGUAAGAGUUAAAAUAUUUGCUGGAGAUGACUUAUUAGAAGUGAAGAAUCAACAAUAGUACAACUGGGUAGCUAUUUGCUACUUAACUAUAGUCUCCAUAAAUCACUAUGCAUGUGGCAGGUAACAAAAGACUUACGCUUGAUAUGAAUGAAAAAGAACACUCCCUUUUAUUUUAUUGUGAAAUUUUCAAAUUUCUUCAAGUGAUUGGGGCAUUCAAUGCACCUAGGAAAAGAAAACCAUUAGGGGUACAUCAUUGCAGAGAUACAAGAAGAAGACUAUUAUUUAUAAUUUUUGUGUAUAUAAUGAAAUUUAUAAAAAUAUGUAAAAUGAUAGAUAGAGAAUUGUAUAUUAAGACAGAUAUAGAAAACAAUAUAAUGUAUUUUAUGGGAUAACAAAUAAAGCUUAAACAAUGAAAAUCUU